CGUCAUCCCGUCGCGCCGGAAAGGCAGAGCAGCGCAGAAAAAGGAGGCGUUGCCCUCCAACAACACAUCAGCUGCAAAUUUAUGCAAAACAGUAAAAGCACUGCCGCUGCUGCUGCUGCUGCUGCCGCUGCGGCCGUCCUGCACAGCACCCUGAAAAGAGCAUCAACAGCGGGCUCCGGAGGCCGCCCACACGCCCCGAGUCGUUCUGCAGCGGGCAGCCGGUGCAGCAGGAGGCUGAGAAACCCGCUCCGGUGACGCAGCCAUGGAGACGGAUGGAGAGCAGAACCAGCCAGGGGCUUCCACAAAUGGGAGCGCUGCAUCUGGGACCAGCUCCCGCCCCUCUCCAAUGAAUUCCAUGUCUCUGUAUGAAAGACAGGCCGUGCAGGCCCUGCAGGCGUUACAGAGGCAACCUAAUGCAGCUCAGUACUUCCAGCAGCUGAUGCUGCAACAGCAGAUCAGUAACGCCCAGCUGCAGAACCUGGCCGCCGUGCAACAGGUAAAGGCUACUCUGGCUGCCAGUCGUCAGUCGAGUCCUUCGAGCAGCAGCUCUUCUCAGACCACCAGCACCACAGCUGCCAGUGUAACAUCCGGAUCAGGGUCUACAACCAGCAGCCGUCCUAUGGGUGCCUCAGCAACGUCCACAAUCAGCCAGUCAGUGCUGCUGAGUGGGACGGCGGGGGGGCAGGGACAAAUGUACCUGAGGGUCAACCGCUCCCUGAGGGCCCCCAUCUCCUCACAGCUCAUCUUUAUGCCUGGCAACACAGCAACCGCUGCCGUGGCAACCGUCACCCAGCAGCCACAGGCGCAGCAACAGCAACAGGAGGUGACACCAACUUCCUCUUCCAGCAGCCAAUCAGAUAAUGACCAGGUGCAGAACCUAGCAAUGCGAGGUGUGUCCAGUACCAAAGGUGUUGGUGUUAAGACUGAAACCCCAGAGAGGAGUGACUCAGCUGCGUACUCCCUGGUCCAGCCCUCCCACCAAUCGCACUCCCAGUCCCCCACUAAGCCAAGCCAGCCUCAGCCCCAGCCGCCCCACAUCAAAAUCCCCACCUACCCUCAGCCCACCAACCUCAAAGCCCACCCUUCCUCCUCCUCUGGUGCCUCCUCCUCGUCCUCCACCUCCUCCAUCCCUCUCUCCCAGCUCCUGCUUCACGGAACCCGGACUCUGGCCACAGGAACCACGGCUCCCACAACAGCACAUACCCUGGUCCUAACGUCCAGCGCGGCAACCCAGCCCCACGGGUAUCCUGUCGGCACGGCGACCAUCAAACCAGCGGUGAACGCUCAGACCCUGGUGGUGCAGCCCCUGCAGAAGACCUCGCUCGGUGCGGAGAAAUCCGGCCACGGCAAUGGACCCAUCCCCAUCCAACCCAAAACUCUGCAGGGGCUCCGCCUGCCCCUCCAGCUGCCUUCUAGGAACCCCCCUCCCAUCCUGCCUGCCCCACCUCCCGCCAGCAGCUCUUCCCAGCCCCCCCAGCCGCCGCACAUCCCGGUCCAGAUUGUGGGGGCGAGGCAGAGCACGCUGGGAAACACCCAGGCUCUGGCUCUGGCCCGGGGCAGCUGCUGCCAGGAAGGAGCCGCCGUCCUCAGCAGCUCGUCCAGCCUGCUCACCAUGGUGGCGUCCAUCGCUUCCAGGGAGGGCGGAGUCGUGGGCCGAGGGGUGGGGCUGAAGACUCUUCAGUCGCCCCAAGAGGCCCCCCCGUUGGCACAGGUCUCUCAGGUGCAUCCGCAGGCCAAUCAGAGCUCUGGACAGAGUCAGAAUGGACCGCUGGCUUCGAGCCCUGCCGCCUCCCAGCCCCCCACCAUUUCCUCUCCUCCCUCCUCGAUGUCUCGCUCAUCCCUCUCGCUCCCGCUGGCAACAGAAGAGCAGAGAGGAGCUUCAGCUGGCGUGACUACCAAUGGAGACUCAUCGGGAAGUCAGACACCGCAGGGAAAGCAGUUGACUGGCUCACUAAAAAGAAAAUCAGACUCCAAUUCAGCCAAUGAUGAAGACGGCCCCUCCCCUCCACGGCUCCAGCCAGUCAGAGACCACCCCUCAGCACUGCCGACCAAUCCCAUCGAAGCAGCAGGCUCUGGUGCUCCUCCUCCAGCCACCUCCCCUCCCUCCCCAGUGCUGGCAGUGUCUCGUGGGGUCUGCGGCCAGGGGGAGAGAGCUCCUCCCCCCCAAGCCGUGGUUAAACCGAACGUCCUUACACACCUCAUAGAGGGCUUCGUCAUCCAGGAAGGGGCAGAGCCUUUCCCUGUAUGUGGUUCAGUAAAGGACUCGGCUGGCGAGGAUUUAACUAAUGACAGUCCGGACACUAACCAAUCAGAGACUGUUACAACAGCGACAGUGCUGAAGUGUGAGUACUGUAAAAACUUUGCUCCUGCAAGCCAGUUCAGAGGCACCAAAAGGUUCUGCUCCAUGUCUUGUGCCAAGAGUAUGUAUUGGUUCCCCAGGUACAACGUCAGCUUCAGGCAGCACUUCUGCAUGCGGCAGGGUCAAAGUCAAGGUCACACUCCGGAUCAGGAUCAAGGCCACGGUCACCUCUCCAACUCAGACGAGGAGGGAGGAAUCACCAGGCGGAGGGUUCCUCGCAGGACUAGCUCAGAAAUAGCCAGUGCCAAGAUAGCAGGGAGACCCAUACCUGUCAAGUGCCGUUCAGAGUCCAGCCAUUCAGAUGAGGAGUCCAGUGGAGAGGAGGAUGAAGAUGACCCCAUGUCCCUCUCGCCCGCCUCCUCUGCCUCCUGCCACCAGCCGCCUCCUCCGCUCCCGACAGAGAGUUCUGCACCCAGCUGCCUGUCUGCUAGCCCCGGCCAGUGGAGCGUGGAGGAAGUGUCGCAGUUUAUUUCUUCACUACAAGGCUGUGAGGAGCUGGCCUCCCAGUUCCUGUCGCAGGAGAUCGACGGACAGGCCCUGCUGCUGCUGAAGGAGGAGCAUCUCAUGUCCACCAUGAACAUCAAGCUAGGUCCUGCCCUCAAGAUCUGCGCCCACAUUAACAAUCUGAGAGACUGAUGUCAGUGUUUCCAUAAAUCCACUAUGUUCAAAGUCAAGCCCUGGGCAUUUACCCAAAACUCCUGGUUCCAGAGCAGUCAGAGUCCUGCAAUGAAUGUAUGAGGUGCAGUUCAUUUUUAAAACCAAGCCAAGGCUCUUUAGCUCUAACAAGGGCUGCAGCACUUGAAUCUGUUGUUGAUUUGUCCACUUUUGACCACAUUUUUAAAUGUUGUUCUUGCACAGUAGUAUUGUUACAGUUACAUUAUUGUUCCUUGCAAAUCUGUCAUGUCUGAGUUGCAAAAAUACUUCAGAUCACCAACUGUAUUAUGGUGAAAAUACAUUUUUCCCAAAAAUGUUAUUUCUGCACAAAAUUAAGAACUUGCCGUCAGAAAUAGUUUUAACCAAGUGAUUUCAUUUUGCCUUUUAGAUGCACAAUUUCAGACUAAUGGCUGUCUUGCAAAAUGCAGAAAUUAAGGAUUUGAAUGUAUUUUCAAUGCAGAAAUCUGUUGUAUUGUGUGAUCGGGGUUAGUACUUGCACAGGAUUCCCACAUUUUACUCAUCAUGUACACAUAGGGCUGCCCUUUUCACAGGCUGUGCUAAUCUUGUUUCAAUAUUUUUGUUACAUUUCAUAUUUCUGCGAAAGUUCCACAAAACAUUCAGAAGAAAAAGGAAAUACUGAAGACGUUUACUGAUAAACACACUACUAUUCAUUGUAUCAUAUUGUACAGAAAAAAAUAUUUUUGAAAGAUCCACCCACCUUCUUUUGCUUCGAAACUUUAUUCCGGGAUCUUUUUUUCCUCUCUUUGAGAGCAGUGUUGGUUCUCAUCUAGUUGAACACCAUUUUGGGCUUUUUGGUUACAACUCUUCACCUGAUUUGAGCCACAAUCAGCAUAGAAUAGGGACAGAAAUGCAGUUAAGAAACACCCAAAAUGUCUCUAUCAGUCAGUUUUAUUCUGUCUGAAGUCUUAUUUUCAAAGUGUUUUGUAAGGAAAGCUCUCACAUGAGUCAUAACUUUAGCGGUUUGUAUGUAAUAACUUGUACUUACGUAAAAUUAUAAUCAUUUUGUAAGAAUAGGCAUCAUCAUUUUUAAAUGGUGGCACUUUUAUUUUGAAGGUGGCCUGUUCUACAGUUUACAGGGUACAGUUAAAGUACAGGGUACUGGCUGCUGAAAUGAAUCCCUCAAGGAUCAGAAACAUUUCACAUUUCAAGUGAGGCCAAAAAAAUACUGCAAAAAUACUGAUGUUGCAAACAGUUUUCUCGCAUCUUUACCCUGUUUUUUUACACACAGAGCACAUCAACAGUUAAUAAGACACUACUGCAAAAUGCUUUUCCAGAACAGUUUUCACAUUCAAAUUUUGUCACUCAGUAUCUCCAGGAGAUCCAGCCUUUUUAAGUUUUUUAACAGAGGACUUAUUGUUGAUUCUUAAAGGACUAUAAUCUGCAAAAUCCUUGACAAUUUUUACUUUUUCAAACGGUGAAGCUGCUCCUGAUCUAUACAGGAGUAUGUGGAUGAGUGAAGGGUAACGUCAUGGGCUUGAUUUUGUAAAGGGACAUAAAGCUUAAAAAGAAAUGCUGAAACAGAUGAAGAAUGAAAGUAAAUGUGAUGAUAAGCUGAAAUAUCUUUAAGCUACAUUCAUGAACAAAACCAGAAAGUCCAGGAAGAAAAACAGGCUGGCAGCCACAUGUGGACCUAUGUUUAGGAUGGAUGGUGAAAAACAAAAACAAAUCGUACAUGAAUGAGUGAGUGUGUGAAUGAGAGAACCUUAAACUAUACUGUAAUAAGUGUAAAAAAUGCCUUUAUAUUUAAAUGCACAUUUGUUUGCUGGACUGCCUUGUUUAAGCUUUUUACUGUAGGAGUUUUUCUCAUGUUAUCUCUGUGAACCUUGUGGCCUUUCUCACUAGUCUCUACAAUAGGUUUAGAUGAGGAUUGUCUGUUUUUUAACUGCUUUUCAUAUCAUUCCUUGUUUUAUAUUAGUGCUUACUUUUUUACAAUUGUUAUUUCAAGCAAUGACAUCCGUUGCCUUUCCCAAAAAGCGUGACUGAAUAGUAGCUACCUUGAUCAAGGGAAACUUGCUGUCUUCCUCAUAGCUUUGUCACAUAGCGUGUAACUACCAACAGUAUUUACCUUUCUAGUUAGCUAUCUUUGGCUUUAUUGUUAGUGACUGUGGCUAUUACAGUAUUUUCUUUCAAGAAGAAUAAUAACCUUUGAUAGCUGUGUGUUUAUAUGUCCUAGUCGCCCCAGGAUUUUGGAGUGUUUUAAAUGAGCAGAUCCCUUCGGCAUAUUGUGAAGACCAUAAAAAAAAGAAGCACUUGUGCUGCAUUACAAGUGAUGUGAGCCACAACUUCAACUCAUCGCAGUUCUGCUGUGAUUACCUGUGUAACAUUUGUUAACAAUCGGACCAUUCAGUCACUGUUCUCCCAAAAAGUAGCACUUUUCUCACAAAAUGUGGAUUCUGCAAAAGGCCUUUUUUUUUGGCUUUUAUAUUUUAAAUAAAGAAGCUACUUCAGAAUCAAAAUGUGUUUGCUUGCAAUAAUCAGAAAAAACUGCAAAAUCUUGGAGGGACUGAGGUUGACGUGGAGAGGCUAACAAUACUAUCAUGCAAAUAAAUAAUCAAGGAACUGUUUUAAA